AUGGCAGACGAGGGUGCUUCGUUGCAUGAACGUGUUUUGUCUGCGGCCAAGACUGAUAACGUUUCCUUAUUUGAUGAAAUACUCGAGGAAGUGUCCAACGAGAAGCCCUUUGACAUCAACUAUCAGGAUGGAUUGGGAAACACAGCGUUACACUACGCCGCUCGGAGCGCCUCAAUUUUAGUGCUCGAGAAGAUUCUCGAGUAUGAACACCCGUUGCACGAGGGCGAAGGUGGAUGCGACGUUGAUUUGCAAAACCGGAUUGAUGGAUACACGCCACUUCACCUUGCGGUCAGGAUCAAGGAUGCCGACGAGAGGCUAGCAGUUGUGGAAUCAUUGCUCGAUGCUGGCGCAGAUGAUACUAUCAAGGAUAAGCACGGCCAACGUGCAAUCGAUGUUGUACCGGCCGAUGAUGAAGAUGUCCGCCGUCUUUUCCGGAAAGCGGAAGCCGAAAGGAGAGUGGAUAACAGUGAUAUUGCGAAUGAUAGCGAUGGGGAACCUGGUUCGGGCUCGGGGUCAGACGAAGAAUAA